AUGGAAACUGUAUUUGCAAUGCCUUCAAGUAUGGAACAACAUACUACGACAGAGUUUCAUGCCCAGACUGUAUCUUCACCCGAACUGAACAAUGGUCAUGAUACAAUAAACAUGUCUGCAAAUUACAAAUCGUUUUCAACGGAAAUAGUUGUUCCAGAAACAACUGCAAGAGCAAAAACAAAUAUACGCUAUGAUAAGCAAAGAGUUCUAAAGGAAAAGAAGAAAGACCGAAAUGUAACAAAACUAUUGAAAGUCAAAAGAUCUCGUAGAAAAGUCAAAAGACACCAAAGUUUAGGACUGAAACAAAAAUCGUGUCCUACUCGUACAAGUUAUGUCUCCAAAAAAACAGCAGAAGACAUUUUCGGUAACAUUGUUAAUGUGUAUCCAGUGAUACACAUAGGAAAACUUGCACUUGAUCAAUUGUUCUAUGAGUCUUUCUGUGAUGUGGAAAAGUGUUCAUGCGCUGGUGUUGGCAGCAGAAAGUUCAAAUCGUCCUGUCAAACAACUCACAGUUACACGUAUGCAAGGACAGUAAAAAGCGGCGAGAUAGGCUGGAGCUUCAUAAAGGUCAAAUCAGGAUGCAGCUGUGUGAUACAAGAAAAAAAGAAAAACAGAUAUCCAUCUAUUACAGAUCUUUUGUCAUAA